CUGUAUUCCAACUAUCCUGUCAUCAGUCUUGUGCUGCCUGCUUGACUUUGCCCUAGAUCUAUCCCACAAGCUAACCUUCAGGGGACUCGCGCUUUAGGCGCGGCGCAUUUGACUAGCACAUGCCCCCAACGGGCAUUCCGAACUCUUUUUAUUGGAAACUAUCGGGAAUAUGUUUUGUGAUUGGCGGUUGCAUGGAAGCAUUUAUGUACUCCACUGGGUUCUAUGACGUCGUGACCAAAAAAGAGGCCGAAAAGUACGCCGAGACGUACGAAGAACGCUUGGAGCUGCUACGAAAGCUGCGCGAGAAGGGCCUGCUGGAAGGCACGGACAUCGGCUUGCCUAAGGACAGCAGCAGCAGCGGCGCCAAACCCCAGUAACACUCCCGCCAGUCCACCUCCAACCCGGCACUCCAUCCCCGAUUGACGACGUUAAAAUGGAGGACAUGCUGCGCGGCAUCACCGCCGGCUCCGCCGCCGCUUCCAACCCACUGCUGCGCUCGCUGCUGGGCCCGGGCGCCAGCCAGACGGACUACCUGCAGCUGGCGCAGGAGGCGGAGGGGCUGUGGAAGAUGAUGGACGAGAUGGCGGAGAGCGACCCGCAGGCAUACCAAGAUUUCAUCACGGGUACCGCCAAGGCGGCACGCGAGGAGGCGGAGAAGGGGCGCGACCAGCAUGUGGAGGGUCUGGUGCCCGCCCUUGUGCUGGAGGUGCAGGCCCAGCAGCAGCAGCAGCGGGGGGGUGGUGGGAGCGGCAGCGGGGAGCAGCCGGGCGGCGGGCGGCAGGCGGCGGUGGAUGUGACGCGGGUGGUGGCGGGCGGGCAGGCGGUGGCGCGGGUGCAUGUGUGGGCGGCGAAUGACGCCUCCGGCCUCACGCCGCCCAGCCUCUUCGGCGGCGUGCCCCUGCUCCGCGCGCCCGCCCCUCCCUCCUCCUGGCUGGGCCUCCAAGUCCCGCUCGCCGAGUACCGCCCCGCCCUCACGCAGCCCGGCCAGCUGCCCCUCCACCACUUCCACCUGGCCUGCCAUGCGGCGACGGCGCGCAUGGCGCUGGCGGACCAGCCGCCGGGCUUCCGGGGGGCGCUGCUGGAGGCGCUCAGCCAGUUUGUGGAGGCGUCGUACGGGCUGCAUCUGAGCAGGUCGCUGAGGACACUGGCGGUGCACCGGGAGGCGGUGGAGGGGGAGCCGCAGCUGCUGGGGGAGCUGGUGAGGAGGCAGGAGGAGGAGGAGGAGAGGGGGAAGGAGAGGGAGAGGGUGGCAGCAGGCGGGCGGGAGGGGGUGGUAGGGGGAGAGGAGGAGGUGGGAGGGGAGUCGGAGCUGCCACGGGGGCUGCUGGAGGAGUUGCGGACGCUGGGGACGAGCGGGGCGAGGAAGAAGGAGCAGCAGCAGAGUUGUGGGAGCAGCGCGGCGGGGGGUGGAGAGGGGGGCAAGGUCAGGAAGCCGCUGAUCCAGGAGUUGGACUGAGCGGUAUUUGAGGGCUGGCCAGAGCGGGGGCGAUGAGGCUUGAGAUCACAUGCAGGUGUGCAGUACAAGCCGUACGAGAGCGCGUGCGGGUGGCAUGGGUCUGGAGCGCACCUUUGCGGUGGACGCAUGUACAUUGCGAGGGGGCACAGCGCAUGUCAUCGGGCGCCGUGUUGAGGAGACUCGCGGUAGGAGCGACGGUAUGAAGUUUUUAUUGUUUGGGGUGCUUCCUUUUGACAGUCAUGGUUACCGAUUAACGCGCCUGGUGAUGUCCUCCGAUUGCAUGGGCCAUGGGCCUCAUGCAAAGCGCCCAACGUUGCGUGCGCGACUUGACCAUACGGCGCAACUACUCGAAGGCUUUCCUUACAAGGCCGCUUAUCCUUUCCUAAUACAUACAUAUCGAAACAUAGCUGCCCUAUUUGUCUACGCCUUGCGGACGGUAUAGCGAACUAAGGGUUUUGUCUGAAACAGCUUGCCAGCUUAACAAACCGCAGCGCUCUGUCACACUGGCUCUUGGUUGCAUAGGUUGCUAAGUGGUGGCUCCUCCUGCCGUAUGCUGAAGUCCUCUUGUACGGCGAGACGCUGAACCCCUUCAUCAAUAUAGAUGGCGUCCUUGACCGCUUGCUCGAAUGUUGCCGGGUGCAUGAGGUAGACGCGACUGUAAACGUGGGUGGCUAGGCCCUGU